ACCACAUAUAAGAACUGCUCGUCAUUACACUGAACACCCGAGUCUGUUGGAAGCUCAUAAGCCGGAAUUCAAAACACAUGUUGGGGAUAUACAAAACUAUAGCCGUCUUUCUCGGUACACUGUCGUCACUGCAUGCUGCGAGUACAGACAGAUGUUUUCGGGAAAUCACUCUCAGCGGAGACGCAGCCAAUAUUACAUCGCCCGGGUAUCCAGAGUCAUAUGGCCCUAACUUAACAUGCGGAUGGAAUAUACACGCAUCGUCCCCAGACCGUCAAGUUGGCGUUUAUAUUGUAUACCUUGACUUGGAAGUGUCCUACAAUUGCCAGUAUGACAGGCUGUCCUUCUAUGAUGGGCCAGACAAAUCAAAUGGAUCCAUGUUCACAUUUUGCGGCAGAGAUUCAACCCCGAGAAGUAUCCUCAGCAGCAGCAAUAGCAUGUACAUAGAGUUUAUCUCAGAUUCUUUUGUGAAUUCAGAAGGGUUUCGCAUCAUCGUUAUCGACGUUGAAAAAUGUGGGGGAAGGCUGACAGCAACAUCUGAGAAACGGAACUUUGCUUCCCCGGGGUAUCCUUACACCUACUUCAACAAUCUUAACUGCACGUGGAUCAUCACUGCGGAAAAUGCAGCUGAUACAGUUGCACUGACAACCUUAAAUUCAGAUAUUGAGAAAGAUACUUCUUUUUUCAAUCCCUGCUCCCAUGAUGCCCUUCGCGUUUAUAACGGAAACACGACUGAAGAUGAUCAAUAUCUUGGGAGGUCAUGUGCAUAUCAGACUCCCAUAUACCAAAGUUCGAAGAAUUCACUGUUGGUCCGGUUUACCACUGAUGCUGGCACAACUAGGCCAGGCUUCAAGUUGCAAUAUUUCUCACGCAGAGUUGGUGACUGCAAUAACACGUUUCUGGUGUAUUCCUCACUCCUGACCAUUCUGUCACCUGGAUAUCCCGACUCUUAUGAAAGUAACUUGGAAUGCUUCAUAAUGCUGGUCGAUGCAUCACAAUCAACGCCUUACAACUUGGAACUGGACAUCGUCGACUCGGACUUAGAUGGCGCCUACCCGGACUGCCAAAAUGACUCGGUUACCCUUUAUUAUGAUCAGAGUGGGAGCCGCAUUACAGAGUUGUGUGGUAAUGCUUCAACAACUCCAGUGGGUCCGUACUACUCCAACGGAAUGGUAAUGACAAUGGUGUUCAAAACUGACGGUGACACAAGUGGUCGGGGCUUCCGAAUUAGUGCUUCCCACAGCGAACGGAAAGUGAUACCACCCCAAUCAGAUGACUGUGGCUCUCAGUUCCUUAAUGCAACAACAAGUCGACAGUUCCUACAGUCCCCUGGAUACCCUGUACGAUAUCAAAACAAUGAAGACUGUCGGUGGACAAUUGCGGCAUCUAAUAGCAGUAUGAUGGUGCGCAUCGACGUCAUUGACUCGGAUACAGGGUCUUAUGAUAGCGGUUACUAUAACUGUAGAUACGGCUAUGUUACGGUUUAUGACGGACCUUCGAUCUUCAGUCACAAGAUAUCAGUAUGGUGCGGCCCUUCACGACCGACUCUUCAGAGCACUGGAUCAGCUAUGACAAUUCACUUCCACACAUAUUCGUCACCACCCAAAAGAGGCUUCAAGAUGGCAUAUUUUGAAACGAAUGAACCAUACCAUUGUGGGGGAUCACUGAAUAUUACUACUACUGAUUAUACAACCUUGACAUCACCUCAUUAUCCUGGGCCAUACCCAAACGGCCAGGAUUGCACGUGGAUCAUUUAUGCACCAUCUAACACGAAUAUUGAAGCCCAAAUCCAUGAUUCAGUUAUUGAAGCUGGAUAUCAAUGCACUUCCGAUUAUCUAGAAAUAUACGAUGGCAUGAUGUCCAGUGUAUCAAGUGCCGGGAGCUUCUGUGGGAAUGACGACACUGACUACAUUAGUUCCGGUCACAUCAUCACCGUCAGGUUUCAUUCUGACUCAGGAACCAGAUACAAAGGAUUUCAAAUGUAUCUCAAGGCGGGACACUUUAGAGUUUCUGAGACAACGGAGCUUUCAGCUUCCUUCGGCAACGAGUACAUAUACUCUCCAAAUUACCCAUUUAAUUACCCGAGUAACGCUGAUGUCAGCUGGAAGAUUACCGCGGAUGAAGACAGAAGGGUUACAAUCAGCGUUACACAAUCAGGACUCGAAAAAUCGCAUGGUUGCAUUAAGGACUAUAUCGAAGCGUUUGAUGGACCUGACUUGAAUGCCCCGUCACUUGGUCGCUGGUGUGGAAAAAGUGAACCUCUCAAAACCAGCUCGGGUCCUGUUAUGUUCCUGAAAUUCAAGUCCGAUUCAUCUGGUGUUGAUCGUGGGUUCAAGGUGGCGUAUUCGUCGGAAUUCAAUUUUAAAUCCAGUGUUUUUACAGAUUCUCAUGUUGGAGCCAUUGUUGGGGGGUUCGAUUGGUGGCGCGGCUUGUCUGCUACUCAUAAUAAGUGUAAUCGGCAUAUGUAUCUACAAACACGGCCAACGCACCACUGCCACCAACAUCCCAGUGCAUUAUGCUGCAAGCCAGGUACCUGUGAUCAACAACUUUGGCCAAGCACCGAUCACCAACACAAUGCCCCCAACUGGACCGCCUACCAACGAACCGGCAGCUCAGGGUGUUGCCAUACCUUCCUCAGGGUACGUCAAUGCGAAAGAAUUACCCACCAAACUUUGAAGUUUGAUAUCAGGAGUAUGAUAUCAUCAUUCUCUAGUGAAUACACUACGCAUCAAUCCGUUGCCAUAAUUUGGUCGUGAGGCCAAUUGGAAUCGCAUCUAAUAGACGUCCAGUGAACUGAUUCAGCCAUAGGAAAUGCUGAAUGGAAAUCUGCACACACAUCCAUUGAGUUUGCGUUAUCCAUGUGCGUAGUGUAAUACAUCAUGCUUUGUCCACAACUAUAAACGUUAAAUGAUAUAUACGUUUGAUCAGAGUUGAACAGCUUCUGACAUCAGGAUAUUAUGACGUAACUAAUAAAAUGUAUAUAAUUAGAGGAUGAUGAACCUUCUGUCAGUUAAGCACCCUAAAAUAGACAACCGAUGAUAGUAUACGGUAUGAUGUGAUUUAUAUUGAUCUGCUUGGGUUAAUUCACGAAAAAUAAAAUAUUUUCAGCGGCAGUUAUAUAUAGUUUGAACCGAAAUAUGUGCAAGUGUUUUAUGUUUUCCGUGAUGUCUUUAUGCUUUGUACAGAAAUAUAUAAUGUGAGUAUGUAGUGAUCACGUGAACGUAUUUGUCAGAUCUCUCAUUAAGAGGAAUAUUUAUUUAUAUUUGACGUAUGAUGUAUGUACUAGAUUGGAAGUGAUAAUAAAUAAUCUUUCUUCGUCUUUGGAUUUUGUGUUAAAUAUUUUACUAUAUAACAUUCCAAUAAAACCACUCGUGAAGUCGUGUUAA